GAUACUGCUACGGAGUACCGCGUGUACACUCCUUCAGAACUACGUGUGAAACUUGCCGCAAAGGGAACAGCGCUUGUGUGGUCGCGUAGGCAGUCACGAGGUAGCAAGGAACCAUGAUUGACAAUCGAAUACACAGCAUAGCUUUAAUCUCACCGCGCAACAGUCCGCUUUACGUGCGCAACUUUAUCGGAUCGCAAACAUCAUCCUCCAAUCUAAAUGCCAAUGCGACCGCAGGAGGAGAAGCAUCAGCCGCGUCGCCGGCGCCUGGGAUAGACGAGACGGCUGUCGCAGCAGCACAGCUCAAAACCAACUACAUUGCGCAUAGUGCACUGGACAUCAUUGAGGAUAGGACCGCUAACAAACAGCAAGAGCAGUACCUUGGGCUGCUGAUGACUAUCGAAGAUGUAGCGGUAUAUGGCUUUCAAACAAGUACAAAAGUCAAGAUUGUCGUUAUGCUGCUGCUCUCCGACCAGAUCGUGCGCGAUAUUGAUAUCAUUACCAUCUUCCGCGCGAUAAACAAUGCCUACCUGGCGUAUCUCUCCAACCCAUUCAAUGAUUCGUCGCUCUCCAUCGCCAAGCUACCGCGCAACGAGGCGCUGCUACCUGCCAAUGCGCGGGUGAUCAGGAGCCGCAAGUUCGAUCGCGCCAUGGAAGGCGUGGUCGGGCUCGGGUGAAGGAACCAUGAGGUCGUAUGAAGCAAGCAAAGGGCAGGACGAUGUUGUAAGAUACACUUGAGAGAGAAGGACAAACCUCAAAAGGAAGCUGUG